GAGCAAUAGCCACGUCACUCUCCCUCUUCGUCUCCCCAAUUGCUUAACAAAACUCCUCUUAAAUCUCCCUCCAUCAGUCUACCUGGGACGGCAAGGUUCAAGCAAUCUCACCGUCCUAUACUUCACUGUCAAAACGCUCCGACAAAUCUCAUAUCUACGAUGGUGGCCAUGGCCUCCAGCGGAGUGCCUUCCAUCCCUUCGUCAAUAUCCCCGCCGCCGGUCACUUUGCCGCUCAAAAACAUCCCCGGCAGUCAUGGCUUGCCGCUGUUCGGAUCCAUCGCCGACCGCCUGGAUUACUUCUGGUUUCAAGGACCGGACAAGUUCUUCAGGAGUCGGAUGGAGAAGAAUCGAAGCACGGUUUUCAGGACGAAUGUCCCUCCGUCAUUCCCCUUCAUCUUAAGCGAUCCGAAAGUGACUGCGGUUCUCGAUUGCAAGUCGUUUGCGCAUCUGUUCGACAUGGAGGUAGUGGAGAAGAAGAAUGUUCUGGUCGGCGAUUUCAUGCCCAGCACUAGCUUCACCGGAAACAUGAGAGUGUGUGCCUAUUUGGAUACGUCGGAAUCUCAACACUCGAAGAUUAAGAACUUCACCAUAGACAUCCUGCGGCGGAGCUCGAAGAUUUGGAUACCCGAGCUGGAAUCCAACCUCUCCACGUUUUGGGACGGCAUUGAAUCCGAAAUCGCAAACAACCAAAAAUCCAGCUUCAGAAACCUUCUCCAACCAGCUCUUUUCAAUUUCUUCUCCAAAACCCUGGUCGGCGCCGAUACUGCAAAAUCACCGGAAGUGGCGAAAUCCGCCCACAUCGACGUCAUCAUCUGGCUCGGCCUCCAGCUCGUCCCCACCAUUCACCUCGGCAUUUUCCAGCCCCUCGAGGAAAUCUUCCUCCACUCUUUCCGAUUACCCUUCUUCCCCAUCGCCGGCCGGUACCGGAGACUCUACGAUUUCAUCGAAAAGGAAGGGGAAGAAGUGGUGCAGCGAGGCGUUUCCGAGUUCGGGUUGAAGAAGGAUGAAGCCAUUCACAAUCUUAUCUUCACCUUAGGAUUCAACGCCUACGGUGGAUUCAGCCUCUUUCUUCCGGUUCUAAUGGAUCGUAUACUCAACGACAGAACCGGCUUACAACAGAGAAUCGUCGACGAAGUGAGGGCAAAAUCCGGGUCGGGACUAACAUUUGAGUCCGUCAAGGAGAUGGAGCUGGUCUACUCCUUCGUGUACGAGACGCUCCGGCUGGACCCGCCGGUUCCGACCCAAUACGCGAGAGCGAGGAAGGAUUUCAAGCUAAGUUCGCACGAUGCAGUGUUCGACAUCAAGAAGGGGGAGCUGCUUUGUGGGUAUCAGCCACUGGUGAUGAGGGACCCCAACGUGUUCGAGGAGCCGGAGGCGUUUAAGCCGGACCGGUUCAGGGAGGAGAAAGGGGCGGCGCUGCUGGAUUAUCUGUUCUGGUCAAACGGGCCGCAGACGGGGAUGGCCAGCGAGCAUAACAAGCAAUGUGCAGCGAAGGAUUUGGUGGUGCUGACGGCGGUGGUAUUUGUGGCUUACAUAUUUCGAAGGUAUGAUUCAAUUGCAGGGGAGGGCGGUUCGAUUACAACACUCCAAAGGCCUAAUUGAAAGUGAAUCAUACUGAGAGCUGCAAUCUUCUACAUCAUGCCUUUCUUAUGUAUGAUUCCCAAGUUCGAUCCAGAAUGGGAACAUUUGGAAUGAAUAAAUAAAUAAAUAAAUACAAAUUAAGGU